AUGUCUUCAGGCGGGGCGUACGGCACGAAGGCCUCGGACACCGACUUUAGGAAGAAAUGGGAUAAGGAGGAGUAUGCCGAACGCGCGAAGCAGAAGGACGAGGAGGAGCGGGAGCGUAUGAAAGAGAACGAGGAGCGCGUGAAGCAGGGAAAGAAGCCGCGCAGAGGCAAGAAAGAAGACCUGCCCAAGCCCACAGAGCUCAUGAAGCAGCGCGAGGGCUCGCUCGACCUUGACAAGAACCUCGGUAAGACAAUGGUUGUGCAGAACACCAGUGGGCGGGGACCAGGUGUGCCCGGCUUCUAUUGCGAGGUCUGCAACCGGACAUACAAAGACAGCACGGGCUACCUCGACCACAUCAACGGCCGGUCCCAUCUCCGAGCGCUUGGCCAGACAACACGAAUUGAACGCUCCACUGUCGAGCAGGUGCGCGCACGGAUAGCUUACUUACGUGAGAAGACGAAAGAGGCGUCAAGUGCCAAGUCUUUCGACUUUGAGCAGCGGCUCACCGAAAUCAGAGACCGCGAGGCGAAGGCGCGUGCAGAGAAAAAGGCCGCGAAGAAGGCUGCACGCGAGCAGGCUCGCGUCGAGCUCGUCAAGGACUCGGCGGGGCAGCAGGGCGAGAACGACAUGAUGGUCGCGAUGGGGUUUAGCGGCUUCGGCACGACAAAAAAGUAA